AUGGCUGGUAGAGGAGUUAGAAAUCAAAAAGGUCAAGGUAUAGGGCAUGUCCAUCCUCAUGAACAGGGUGGUAGUUCUGAAAUAACACCAAUUUCAUCCCCUCAAUGCUAUUGUCAGACAACACCAAUUGCAUCAACUCAAGGCAAUUCUCAGACAACACCUAUUCCAUCAUUCAUGUGGAGGGGUCAAAGAUGGGUAAACUUAUCUGCACUGGAAGCUGUUACAAGAAAGUUAUGA